CUCUUCAUCAAUGGCGAAUUCCGCUCGUAGAGAUGCAUGUCCUCUCAUUAAGAAUGUCCUCCUUUUGGACUCGGAAGGAAGGCGUGUGGCAGUUAAGUAUUAUACAGAUGAAUGGCCGACUAAUAGUGCAAAGUUAGCCUUUGAGCGUUCCGUCUUCAUUAAAACACUCAAGACUAAUGCCCGGGCUGAAGCGGAGAUAGUGAUGUUUGAGAAUAACGUUGUGGUGUAUAAGUUCGUGCAAGACUUGCAUUUCUUUGUAACUGGGGGUGAAUCUGAAAAUGAAUUGGCAUUGGCCGCAGUCCUGCAGGGCUUUUCUGAUGCAGUUACCCUUCUCCUCAGGGGUAAUGUUGAUCAAAAGGAGGCACUUGAAAACUUAGAUAUGAUGUUUUUAUGCCUUGACGAGAUUGUCGAUGGCGGGAUGAUUCUUGAAACAGACGGAAAUAUGAUUGCUGGAAAAGUAGCUACACAUACAAUGGAUGAUGGAGCUCCUUUGUCGGAACAGACAAUCACCCAAGCCUUGGCGACGGCUCGCGAUCAUUUCACAAGAUCACUUCUCAGAUAAAAACACUAUUUCAUACCAUAUAUAAGUUCAAUAAAACCGAUUUUCUAUUUCAAGUUCCCUAGUGUCGAUUUUUUCUUCUUGUAGCCAUAAAAACGCCAUGGUACGUUUUUCAAAUAUAGAGCCGCAUUCAAACACCUGUCAUAUAUAUAUGUAGUACUUAUAACGAACUAAUUAUCAUAUUCCAGUA